GGAGGAGGAGGAGGGCGGGAAGAUGGCGGCGGCCACGGCGCCCGCGCAGCCCUGGAGCGCGGAGGAGCUGCGGAGCGAGGCGCUGCCCAAGAAGGACAUCAUUAAGUUCCUGCAGGAGCACGCGGCGCAGGCGUUCCUGGCCGAGCACCGCCUGCUGGGGCAGGUGAAGAACGUGGCCAAGACGGCCAACAAGGAGCAGCUGAUCGCGGCCUACACGCAGCUGUUCCACACUCAGCGCUUUAAGGGCACGGACGGAGCCGAGCGGGCGGCGGAGAAGGCGAAGCCCGGGAAGGCGGAGGGGGAGAAGGAGAAAGACAAAGCGGCGAAGGCCGAGGAGCCCGCGGAGGAGGGGCCGCCGAAGUACACCAAAUCCAUCUUAAAGAAGGGCGACAAAACCAACUUCCCAAAGAAAGGGGACACCGUGCACUGCUGGUACACCGGGAAGCUGCAGGACGGAACCGUGUUCGACACCAACGUUCAGACGAGCUCAAAGAAGAAGAAAGCAGCCAAACCUUUAAGUUUCAAAGUCGGCGUAGGAAAAGUUAUCAGAGGUUGGGAUGAAGCUCUCUUAACUAUGAGUAAAGGAGAGAAGGCUCAGCUGGAAAUCGAACCUGAGUGGGCGUAUGGCAAGAAAGGGCAGCCGGAUGCUAAAAUUCCACCAAAUGCAAAACUUUUCUUUGAAGUGGAAUUGGUGGAUAUUGAGUGAAAUGAAGAUUUUUCUUUGCUGCUGGGAAUGCAUUUGAGCAAGAAAGCUUCUGACAGCUGCAGUUCUGCUCUCGUAACUUCAGGAUAUAACCACAACUGUGGCCUUGUAUUGAAAUCAAAUUUGCUCCCUCCAACUGCUGUACAGUAAUACACCACUGAAGAAAACGUUGUUUAUACAUGCAACUGUUCUUACUUUUGUGUCUGCUUACCUUCCACCUUCUCUUACACUGGGGGGAAAUGCACAAAUCUCCAGUAACGGUAGAAGCAGCCCCACCCUCAACUGCCAUUUGUUAUCCCUGCCAACUUCAUUAUCCCUUCAGUACUGACCUGUAACUGAAAUGCAUUUAUUUCGGUACUCAGCUCGAGUCUUCAGCAACACCUUUCUCUCUUGACUUUAUCACAGUGCAGCUGCUACAGCACUCACCCAGCAGUGCUAAGUUACAGGUGUGUCACUGCUCCAAUUCUAAAAGAGAUGGGAAAUUUCUCCCUUAAAUACAUUUCAAACUGUUAGGUGUGAUGUCAACCCGCCUCAAGUUGGAGGUAUUUCUGUACUGUAACUACAGAACUCAAUCUUUUUUGAACAAAACUGGAAUUUAUUCUCUGUGUAAAUGAGGACAUCCAAGAAAGCUCCAAGAACUGCUGAAUUCCUUGCUUUUAUUACGAAAAUGAGAAUGAUCACUUUGAUCAAAAUGAAAAAAGUUUGCUCACAUUGUGUACAUGAAAAACUCUAGAUACAAAAAUCAUCCCAAACACAGUUUGUGCUUCUUAAAAAAAGAAUGCAA